AUGCACUCCGAGGCGUGGCUCGCGCUGCACCUGCCGCAGCUGCAGCACUACAACGUGCCGCAGCACCUUCACCGGCAAGUGUACGACUGCGUGCAUGAAAUUGAGGGAGAAUGGAGCGAUUUUGACGCUGUGGCAUCCACUGAGGCGGCUUCGGAGGCCUCUCGGGGCGGCGCCAUCCACCGCAAGCUGCGCGCGGUGUCGACAAUGCCGCUCCCAGCAGCGUCGCAAGUGCUGCAUGUUGGCCACGAACGCGCAGUCGAAGCUGCGACAGGACGGAGCUCUACGCAGCAAGAUGCUGACGAUGGUCAAGGAGUCAUCGAGGAGGACAAACACGAGCUGGACAGCGAAGAGGAGAGCGACGUGGAGAAGGAGGUCGAGAGCGUGGUGAGGCAUCUGCACUUGCUGGCGUUCUCCAUCCGGUUUGGAGCGAACUCGGACGACAUGUCGUACUACGUGCUCAAUGCUCUCGGAUCAAGGUACGUCGGGGUGGCAGAGUUCGGUUUGGUCGAUAUGCCGCCUGCUAAUGUGAUAUUUGCUGCUGCGGUACGGGAGAACGACGAGGAAAGCAACUUGACGGACGUUGCCUCAGGAGCUGAGCUGGUGCGGCCAUACGCAGGCAAGAUCUCAUUGAUGGGGCUGUGCAAGAAGAGCUACUGGGAGGCGCGGUUUGAAUCCGAGGAAGAGUUUGACUGGUACUGUGAGUACUCGCACAUCCGAGAGCUGAUUGCGUCGUAUAUCUCCAAGACUGCACGCGUGCUGAUUGCGGGGACGGGCACCAGCCGCCUACCGGGUGAGAUGGCCCUAGACGGAUACUCGGACGUGGUCGCCAUGGACUACGCUGCCAAUGUGAUCGAGAGAAUGCAGGCUCGCUCGGAGGAAAAUGCAUGGGGCGUUCGCUUCGUGGAGGCGGAUCUUACCCAGAUGAACGGCUGGGAGUCCAGCUCGGUGGACUGCGUCAUAGACAAAGGCUGUUUGGAUGCAAUGUUACUCAAGCCCGAGACGGAGGCGGAAGAUACCAACUGGAAGCUGGUAACCCCGGAUUCGCCCGACGAUCUCGUAGACGCACAGAACAGUAUGAAGCAGUUAGCGCGCAUCUUGAAACCCGACGGCUUGCUCUUCUUCUUGACAUUUGGGAGUCCGAGCAACCGAGUGAGCAUGUUCGACUGGGUGGCAUCAGAGAAUGACGACUCGAUGGAGUGGGAGAUCCUGCAGUGCCUUGAGAUGUCUCCGACCGAUCGCCAACACACCUUCGUGACGCGCUUCUUCUUGUUCGUGGCAAGGAAGAAGUUCAAGCAAAUGCCAGAUGUCGAGACCUUGUAUCAAUAG